UUCAUUUAUUCCUCCGUAUCCUGGUCACCGUUGCUGGGGAUUAAAUAGAAGAGCUGCACAAAUGGUUCAUCAGUACUAGCACGUGUAUCAGCUGACUAACAGAAGAAUUUAACUCUGUAUAUUUAUAACUCUUUUCCACUGACUCAGAAAGAGGAAAUGAGCGUUUGCAUCAAUUUGCGCUCAAGAUGUAAAUGAAGAUGGCACUGAGGCAGAGAAACUGUCACUGAUGAAAAUAUUGCUAACUUUGAAGACGGCACAGUGGCCGAGGCAGGUGUACGCUGGUGAACAUAAAUUAUAAAUCAUUAUGAAGAUCCUCCACAUCUUCAUCCUCUGUCUGAUCACAGUGAGAGCUUUGGCGAUUAGAACACUGACUGCCUACACAGGGGGAGGAAUCAACAUCAAGUGCAGAUAUGAAGAUAAACACAAAGACAAAACAAAAUGCUUCUGUAAGAUGGGAACACAGCAGGAGUGUUUGGAUCAAAUAAACACAGAAGCACACAAGGAAUGGACGCAUAAGGGCAGGUUCUCAAUUCAAGACACUAGAAGUGCGGGAUUCUUCAGCGUGUUGAUCAGAGAGCUGACCGUGAAGGACACUGCAACAUACAGAUGCGCUGUUGUUGCCUCUGAUCAAACAUUAAACUCCACUACAGUGAAGCUGAACGUCGUAGAAGGUGAGGAGAUCUUAAUCUAACUUUUAGCAGUAGAACCAUGUGGUAAACAACCUGUGAAGAAAACUCCACACGGCAUAUUAAUCAUUAUAAUUAACAUGAUCUUCAACAGCA